AUGGCAGACCAACAACAACCACCUCCAAACCAGAUUGCGGCAGUUCUCCCAUCUCCACCAUUCCUUUGGAAACAAUUUACUCCCGAAAAUGUUGAACAUAUAGAGAAGCUACGCGCGGGGAAAUAUGCAAAUCAAGGGGUCACCGAUAAAUUAUCCUACAAGCUUCCUCCCCGCAUUCUUGACCUUCCCUCGGAAUUACGAUUUCUACAACCCCCAGAACCACCAGAAAGCAUCAAUGAUGAAAUCUUCUCUUUCGAGAAGUCAGGCGUUGAACCACUAUACACACCACCUGAUACGCCAACAGGAACUGGAAAGCAUGUGGAUCGCGCAUUGAUUCUCAAACGGAUUGCAAAGUCACUACUAUUGAACUUCCUAGAAUUGGUUGGUAUCAUGAGUAUCCAUCCAGAACAGAGCCAAGAAAAGAUAAAUGAUCUAAAUACUCUUCUCGUGAACUUCCAUCAUCUCCUGAACGAAUAUCGACCACAUCAAGCACGAGAAUCAUUGAUUCUGAUGAUGCAAGAUCAAUUGGAGAAAUCGAGGGCUGAGACUGAGGGUAUCAUGAAAAUGAAGGAGAAAGUCGAAGGAAUAUUGGAGGGAUUAGGCCAAGUCAAAACCGCAGAUGGGGACAGUGCUGGUAGUCAAAUACAUGAGAGUGUAAUGGAGGAUGACGGGAAAGACGUUUGGGAGCAGUUGGACCUGGAAUUCAGCUGA